AUGUUCUUGGUGACGUCGCAGAAUGUGAAGUCUGGUCUAUGCACCGAUGGACAGAUCACCAGAGGCGGGCGGCAAAAGUUUGUACUGGUCUGCCAAUCCACUCUCAUCGGAACAGUCCGGCCAGUGAAGUACACCAUCGUGGCCAACGACCAAGGAUGGUCAAAAAAUGAGAUGAUUCAUCUCACGUACUUCCUGGCAUUCGGACACCAGGUCUCCUACCAGCGACCUGCCAUCCCACACUACGCGACAAUUUGGCGAAGAGAGGAAGAAACAACUUCCCACCACACAAGUAGGAAACUUGGGCUCUUUACGGUGAAAAAAGUCUUCGAAGAGCACAAGGAUCUCGCCGGUGAAGGCCAUGAAGCUGAGCUCGAUGAACUCCUCGUCGAAAACAUCACGGAGGCAAUGAACAAUCUGGUUGUGAGAAAUAGGAGUUUUUGGGCUUAA